AUGCUCGGCGAUCGAAUCGCUGCGAACGCUAGAGUGGACGGGUCGCUGCCGAUGCUGUUGUCACUAGUAUCGUGGUGGUGGAAUGGCGAUCUCGCGCUGAAGGAUGGGGAGGCUUUGAUUGACCCAGCCGCACGUGCCUCUAGGCCAUCGCUGUUGGACGACCCAGCGACAUACGUUGCGGCUCUGGCGAUUUGCGUGUUCCAGACAACGCUAUCCGCCACGACUUACGAUCUAAUCGAUGCCAGAGGAAUCGAUCAGAUGAUAUCAGCUCAGGACGGCCGCAAGUCGUGGACUGAGGCCGAGAACUUGCAUCAGUACAUCUUACGAAGCGGCAUUGUCACUAGGACGGAAGAGGACGUGGACAUGGAUCUGGAAGAGGCCGAUCGCGUCGCAGAGCUGCGCGAUGUGAUUCUCGACUAUGGCCGGGCGAUGCUUGCUAUGGCCGUAGACCUUCAUGCGACUAAUAAAGACUUUAGCUUGAAGAAGUUGCGGCAGAAUCUCGAUCGCGACGUCCAGUACGCGUACGGCUUGCCAUUAAAAGACUGGAUCGAUUCAACUGAUGUGGCCCAUCGCCCAUUCAUACCUUCCGUCACGUUCGUUCCCGACUACAAGCCAGAUAUCACAUUCCAGUUCGCCUCCUCGUAA